AUGAUAGAGAAAGAGGAUAUGGAAGCACAUCAAGCAUUUCCACCAAAGAUGAAGGAUCCAGGAAAGUUCACCAUUGCUUGUACCAUUGGUGGAGUGAAGAUCCCACAUGCCUUAUGUGAUUUAGGAUCAAGUAUUACUGUCAUUUCACUGAAUACGUUAAAACACUUGGAAAUAGGAGAUAUCAUACCAAGUAAUAUGACUCUCACUUUAGAUGAUUCAUAUGUUACUCAUCCGCUUGGCAUUGUACUAGACAUGUUAGUGCAGGUCAAUGGUAUCUCAUUCCCUGCAGAUUUUGUGGUAAUUGACAUGAAAGGAGUUUCAGGAGUGACAAUUAUUCUUGAAUGCACAAUCUUGGCAAUCGGGAAAGCAUUAAUAGACGGGGAGACAAAUGAAUUUAUUUUGAUGUUCAACAAGACAAAGGUGGCAUUUCAUGUGUACGAAUGGACAUCAUAUAUGGAUGAUCUAGAGACAUGGUACCAACUAGAAGAAAAAUGUAGUAGGUAUGACAAAGGAAUGAAAACAAGGGAAUUAACUGGUGUGAGGGCAUCCCUUGCGUCUGACAUGCCUUAG